AUGUACUGUACAGUACUACCGUUCGCGCAUGCAUGCAUUAUGGAGGCCAACGUAAUUGAUUGACUGAACGGAAUCCGAAACUGCGAAAGUGUUUGUCAUGCAAUUCUUCCAUGGUCAUGUUAAGUUAAAUAGGGUUAGUUUGAUAAAAAAUCUUUUGAAAAGGGGGAGUAAAUAAGCCAUCGUUUUUGGCGAACAACGAUCAUGACGAUGUAACGAAUAAACGAUGACGAGAAAGGCUCAUGAUUUUGGACAGGUUUGUAAUCGGAACCACCAAGUUCUCAGUGCCGAGUGAGGAUGAUGUCCCCCUACUCACCCGAGGUCUUCUUCUUUGACCAGAAGAUCAUCCUGAAGCGCAAGAAGCGCCGGCGGAAACACCCGGAUGAGCUACCACGCAGUCUGCGCUUUGCCAACCUCAACCCCCGGCUGGCCGCCUUCCUGUCCAGCCAGGAGCGGCAGAAGAACAAGAAGGCCCAGGAGGGGGAAGGCGGCGGGGAGGAGGGGGGAGGCGAGGACGGGAAAGGGGCGGAUGGCUUCCUCAAGCGCCACGGCCGGAGGGGAAGCCUGGACAGUCUCGACGAGGGGGAGUACUCCCAGCGGCAGAUGUACCACGAGGCGGUGGUGGCAGCGCCCACCCUCCUGGUCCAGCUCGCCAAAAUCCUGUACCUCUUUGAGAACGAGCAGUUGGACCUCCCGCGGGAGCUCGUCAACUACCUUCAGAGCGGCUACCGGGAGUUGAUGACCGAGGUCCAGUACACGCGAUACGAGUGGCAGUGCCCCGAGAACGUCCCCCGAGAGGAUGCCAGGGGGGACGGGGAGGGAGGGGCUAAGAAGCAGUCGGAGGGGGACCAGCACCAGGACGAGGGGGAGGGGGAGAAGUCAAGGAAGCGGGCGCGGAAAAAGAAAGCCGAGGAGGGUGAGGAGGAAGGGAAGUCUGGGACUCUGUCAGUGAUGGAAAGCACCAUUGGGAGCACCAUGGGGAGCGUCCGGGAUGCGCAAGGGGGAGCCAGCAGUGCUGCAAUGGGCUCAUCAUCACAACGAAUUAAAGCCAAGAUGGAGAAAAGCAAAGUGGACCGGAGGGCAUCUACAAGCACCUCCAACCGGGUAUCAGUCGCUGGGAAGAUGGGUGGAGAUACAGGCACGGUCAUUGGAGAAGCACAAUCUGAAGCGGUACACCAGCCCAACUUCUUACAGGUCCUCAGUUUCUCCAUGUCCUCCAAGGUGUGCGAGGAGAAGGGCUGGAUCCUGGAGAAGGAGGAGUCCGAGAAAGAGUUUGAGCAGCGGACCGUUCUGGAAUGGGCGCGGGAGAGGUUGCAGCAGGCCAUGGCUUUAGCGAAAGAGCAACUGCAGCGAGAGAAGGACUUAGGCCGGGACCGGCCGCUGUUUCUGCGUUACUAUGGUGAUGCCAAGCGGGAAGCCAUGUUGAAGUACACUGGCAAGCGCGGGGGUAGCAAGCCGCAGAGUCACAGCGCGGGCCGGGUCAUCACGCCCAGGCUACCCCCGGCUGCGCUGAACCUGGGGAAUGUUCCCCAGCACAAGGUGAUCACGGGACUGCCGGACGGAACCAUGAAUGUCUUCUACCCCUCAGGUAAGCUGGCCAUCAUCCUGAGCAAGGCCGGUUUUGGCAGGCCAGGCUACUACACCAUUGCAUACAACGACAACGCCAGCCACGACAUGCUGGCCGAGUUUACACCCACGGGGAGAGGGAGUUGCUAUCACCCCAACGGAAUGGUCAGAUUUCUCAGCACCGAGAAAAUGGGCAUGCUUAUGGACGCGGAGGGCGUGGUUGUCCGCAAGUGGGCGUGGCCCCUGCCCCACCUGCGCAUGGCCACGCCGGUCUUCUUCCACCUCAACCACAACAUCAGCUUCCGCUGCUACAACCGGACCCAGAUGACCCUGACGUUCCUCUGCCACAAGGAGACCACCAAGAUUCAGGUGGGCCAGGUGCUGAUGGCGGUGGACCCUGUCACCCAGGAAGACUUUGGUUAUCUAGAGACUGAAGAGAACUUCCAGUCCAACGCCGCCAAGGAGAGCAUCAGGCCCCCUCCCGUCGUCAAGAAACCCACCAAGCGGGAGCCCCAGCGCUGGAAGGCCAAAGGCACGCCCAACGUGAACCCCAAGACGGCCAGGCUCAACGCCUUCAAGGAACAGGUGGCUGAGAUUGCCAAGAGCCUGGUGAUUGAGGAGAGAACGGAGUACGGGAUACCGGCCGAGAAGGAGCUGACUGUACUGGCCAGGAAAACCAGGGUUGCCUGCGAGGAUUGGAUGGACCACUACCGCAUCGCCGUCGGAAUGCAAUUCAUCAGCUCCGCGGCCCUAUCCAAGCGGCGGAAGCGGGGCGUCCAGUCGGCCAAGGCUGCCCCCACGCAACCCCUGGAGGAGGACGGUCUAGAAGGGCUACCCGCGGGCAAGACCCCGGCAGCCAAAGCCAGGGUGCCCUCCGCGCCGGCCAUCACGUCCCACAAGAAGCGACCCUUCAGUACCGUGUCGUCGCUGUCCAUGAGCAGGAGCAGUCGCUCGACGAGCACGCGGGCCACGGAGAGGCGAGAGCGCGUGCGCAUGAACGCGGAGGAUCACGGGGGCGGGUCAAAGCCAGGCACGCCCACAAAAUUCUCAACUAUCAGCGGGCAUGUGGCUGGCGGGGGCGAUCGAUCUCGUAGUCCAGCCAGCAGGGUUGCCAUGUCAACGGUCAGCGCGGACAGGAAGAAACCAUCUCCGCUUACCGGCUGCCCAAUUGCCUUCCGUGCUGAGAUGCUGGGCGACACCAUGGCCACGUGUCGCUGCAGCCGGCACCGCAUUCCGAGCCUGAACGACCUGGAGCUGGAGCGGUUCCUCGCUACCGAGGUGCCCCGCUCCCAGCUGGUCGUGGUCUGCAUGACGUCCUCACUGCUGCUGGAUGGCCUGCCCUGCGCCGACAUGCUGCUGGAGUUGUACGAGCGGCAGAACAGGAACAGAACCAAGCCGUGUUAUCAGAGUCGCAAUGAUCCUUACCGGCUGUUCUUGUACGACGUGGCAGUCGCAGCUCAGCACACCAGUAAUGACAUACCAGAACUCUUCACCCGACACAAUGCCGUUCCGGGGAUGUUUCUAAUCUACGCCAACUCCAGGCUCCUGUUCUGUGAUCACAUCUUCAACGGCUACGGCAACGCCAGGAAGGACUUCCAGAAGCAGAUGUUGAAAUCCAAACGGGAUGCCACGUUGGGCCGAAUACUGCCCCCUGACUUCCACUUCAGCCCCACCUAUGGCCGUCGGGGCCCCCGCUCAGCCUGGGGAGGUGAGAUCGGCGGGGCCAGGGAACGCCGGUUCUCUGGCUUCCCCCGGCUUCACUCCGGCCAGGCCAGCCAGCAGAGAUUGUCCACGUCCAGUCUGGACCAGAGCAGGUCAUCCAGCACUGUGACCAGCCUGGAGCAGAUCACGCUACUCAGGCCGGGCACGACAUCCAGGCAUGCAGAAAGCUCAGCAGCUGACUACAUGUCCCUGAAUCUCUCAUUCAACGGCAGUAUGCAAGUAGCUUCCUGAGGAGAGAGAUAAAAUGUGAGCCAUGUAAACGGCUGCUCACCCUUAAAGAUGUCACACAGAUGAGACUAUGAAGAACUUGAACUCUUGAACCAUGCAGCAUUUCAGGAAUUGAUGCGACAGCAAGGCUGGUUUGGAUGAAGAGCUAUGGACUUGGCGGGGCACGGCGAGUAAAAGGGAUUGACAAUUGACCUAUCGCCGUUUGCGAGUUAGCCACGCGCCUUAGACAACCCGAUGGAGCUUCUGUACACUAAAUUUUGUUUGUCUCAGAUUGUGGGCGUUCUGCGUUCCUUGUAUAUCAUGUAAUUGGACAAUAUUUCGCAAGCUGCGUUGACGCGAUUCUACUGCGAUAGGUCAAUACAGUUUGCAUCAUCCAGCAUUUGCCUCAAAGAGGCCACUUUAAUACAUGUACAACUAUUUGGUCGACUUCCUGCCUGUAUUUUCAUUGUUUAAAUGCGGGAUUUAUUCGGAAACCUCUCCAAAAAAAGUGAUGUUUACAAAAGAAUUUCAACUUGAUUGCGUGCAACGAACACAAAAGGUAACUACUUAAUCCUUGGCACCAAGUGCAAAAUGUAUACCGUUUGAUGUCUCCAAAUGGAUCUCAAACUUUUCCGAUGAUGCAUUUGCAGUUGAAGGAGGCUUUGUGAAAUACACUGGAGAGUAUACGAGGACAGGCAACGUCCUAGUUAUCCUGAAAUCUUAUUGUUUGCUUUGCGUCAUGAUGAUGCUGUCUUCCGCUUACGCCGCCCGCGGGUCGACGUUGUGGCAAAACAGAACAGUAGUUGACUGACAUUUCAGGAUCAAGCUGCGCCUGAGCUACGACCGUCGGGAACAUCAGUUGCCCAUUUUUGGCGACCUGAGUGUAACUGCAACAAUGAGGCAUGCGCACAACAGGUGGGAAUCAAUCCCAGUCGACCUGUGUGAAGUUACAAUGUCGUGCGCAAAGCAUAGCAUUAUAAUAAUUAUGGCAGGCAAAAGAGCACACUUGGUGAUGGAAGAUCGUUUUAUUGUUAUCAACACACGCACCGCCAUUUUGAAAAAGUCACUUGAUCACGCCUAAGCCGCAGAAAUUGUCAUCACUUCGUGGGCGUCAUGCAAUUGAGAUGCCGCCUGUUCCUCGAAAAUCACUCAAUUUCUCAUUGUUCUGACCCGAGCAUGAUUUUGUGCUUGAUGCCAGCGGUUCCGUCUCUGUGCAAGCAAAUCGCAGGUUGACCUGAGGUCAACUGUACACUGAUGGGCUUAUUCAAGUGUGCCAUCAUGUCAGGCAAACCCCUGCGGUUAGACAUGUGGAUCUUUUGACCCCUACAUCACAGGUCAGUCAGCCAAUGUGCAGGCUGAUCUCAGACUAGGUUUGUGCUGCUCAAGGCAGCUGUUCUGCGAUUCUCACAAAUUGCCGGGUAGAGAGGGAUAUUUUACCUGCUCUGUUCAAUGGGUCCUUUAGUUAUGGAAUCGGGUGGCAUGUGCGUCAAGCGCUCGCCUCUCACCAAGGUGACCAUGGUUCGAAUCCUG